UGGCUCAGCUCGCGCACCCAGUCCGGUCUGCUAAGCGUUGUUUGCCGGCCCACCGAACACUGUCACCUCUUGUGACCCCGUCAGAAGAAAUGGGAGUGCCUUGAUUUCUUCCUCUUCGUCGGUAUUACUAAAGGACCCGGAUAACUGCCCAGGGACCUAAAAGAUCGCUGCUCACGCGACAGUCCAACCGUUUCUUUGAGGAAGAAAAACUUCGUCCCGAAGGUGAGAGGAAGCCCCGGGGCCCGUGUCGCUUGUGAAAGUCAUCUUUGACCAACAACAGCCUCCUCGUAAGUGUUGACCUUUCACUCGGUCAGGCUGGUUGGAUGAGUACCAGGCAGCAUCAUACCUGUGAGCAGUGAUCGGGCACUAAGCCAGACGGGGUAGCCAACGGGGAGCCAGGCUAGCCAUCAUGGCGGAUGUGGACCCAGACACCUUGCUUGAGUGGCUGCAGAUGGGUCAGGGGGAUGAGCGUGACAUGCAGCUCAUCGCUCUGGAGCAGCUCUGCAUGCUGCUGCUCAUGUCGGACAACGUUGACCGCUGCUUCGAGACAUGUCCUCCUCGGACCUUCCUGCCAGCGCUCUGUAAGAUCUUCCUGGAUGAGAGCGCUCCGGACAAUGUGCUGGAAGUUACGGCUCGAGCUAUCACCUACUACCUGGAUGUGUCAGCUGAGUGUACACGGAGAAUAGUGGGGGUGGAUGGGGCCAUCAAGGCGCUGUGUAACCGACUAGUGGUGGUGGAGCUCAACAACCGGACCAGCAGAGACCUGGCUGAGCAAUGUGUCAAGGUGCUGGAGCUGAUCUGUACCAGAGAAUCUGGAGCUGUGUUUGAGGCUGGGGGUCUCAACUGUGUGCUGAGUUUCAUCAGAGACAGCGGACACCUGGUCCACAAAGACACUCUGCACUCCGCCAUGGCUGUAGUGUCCCGCCUCUGCAGCAAGAUGGAGCCGCAGGACUCGUCUCUGGAGACCUGCGUGGAGUCUUUGUCCAGUCUCCUUAAACACGAAGACCACCAGGUGUCAGACGGGGCUCUGCGCUGCUUUGCCUCGUUGGCUGAUCGGUUUACUCGACGCGGUGUAGACCCCGCCCCUUUGGCUAAACACGGCCUGACGGAGGAGCUGCUGUCCCGCAUGGCGGCUGCUGGUGGCGCCGUGUCAGGCUCCUCCUCCUGUAAGCCAGGUCGGCCUUCCACAGGCGCUACCCCGUCUGCACCGGACUCCAAACUGAGCAACCAGGUGUCCACCAUCGUCAGCCUCUUAUCCACGCUGUGCAGGGGCUCACCACUGGUCACGCAUGACUUGUUGCGUUCUGCUCUACCUGACUCCAUGGAGUCUGCACUGGGAGGAGAUGAGCGCUGUGUGCUGGACACCAUGAGGCUGGUGGAUCUUCUGCUGGUGCUCCUGUUCGAGGGACGCAAGGCGCUGCCAAAGUCCACUGCAGGGUCAGCGGGCCGGAUCCCAGGGCUGCGCCGCCUGGACAGCUCAGGGGAGAGGUCUCACCGACAGCUCAUCGACUGUAUCCGCAGCAAGGACACAGAUGCGCUGAUAGACGCCAUCGACACUGGAGCUUUUGAGGUGAACUUCAUGGACGACGUUGGACAGACGCUGCUCAACUGGGCCUCUGCUUUCGGCACACAGGAAAUGGUCGAGUUUUUAUGUGAGCGGGGCGCAGAUGUCAACAGAGGUCAGAGGUCAUCCUCACUACACUAUGCUGCCUGUUUUGGACGUCCACAAGUAGCCAAGACUCUGCUGCGACACGGAGCCAACCCAGACCUGAGAGAUGAGGAUGGAAAGACUCCUCUUGACAAAGCCAGAGAGCGAGGACACAGUGAAGUGGUGGCCAUACUGCAGUCUCCUGGAGACUGGAUGUGUCCAGUGAACAAGGGCGAUGACAAGAGGAAGAAGGAUGUGAACAAGGAGGAGGAAGAGGGCAUUGAGCCUAGAGGAGACCCAGAAAUGGCUCCUUUCUACCUGAAGAGGCUCCUUCCUGUUUUUGCACAAACCUUUCAGCAAACCAUGCUGCCUUCUAUUCGGAAAGCCAGUCUGGCUCUAAUCAGGAAGAUGGUUCACUACAGCAGUGAAGUUCUGCUGAGGGAGGUGUGUGACAGUGAGACGGGACAUAACCUGCCAACGGUGCUGGUGGAGAUCACUGCCACUGUUCUCGAUCAGGAGGACGAUGACGACGGUCACCUCCUGGCUUUGCAGAUCAUCAGAGAUCUGGUGGAUAAAGGUGGAGAUGUUUUCCUCGACCAGCUGGCCCGACUGGGAGUGAUCAACAAGGUGUCAACUCUAGCUGGACCAGCAUCUGAUGACGAGAACGAGGACGAAGCAAAGCCUGAGAAGGAGGAGGAGGUGCAGGAAGAUGCUAAAGAAAUCCAGCAGGGGAAGCCAUACCACUGGAGGGACUGGUCCAUCAUCAGAGGCCGGGACUGCCUCUACAUCUGGUCGGAUGCUGCUGCCCUCGAGCUUUCAAACGGCUCUAAUGGCUGGUUUAGGUUCAUCCUGGAUGGGAAGCUCGCGACCAUGUACUCCAGUGGGAGCCCUGAGGGGGGUUCAGACAGCUCAGAGUCUCGCAGCGAGUUCCUGGAAAAGCUGCAGCGGGCAAGGAGUCAGGUGAAACCAGUAACAACCAGUCAGCCCAUCCUGUCCACUGUCGGCCCCACUAAGCUCACCGUAGGGAACUGGUCUCUGACGUGCCUGAAAGAGGGAGAGAUUGCCAUCCACAACUCAGACGGCCAGCAGGCCACCAUCCUGAAGGAGGACCUGCCAGGUUUUGUCUUCGAGUCAAACCGAGGAACUAAACACUCGUUCACUGCAGAGACGUCGCUGGGCUCUGAGUUUGUGACAGGAUGGACUGGGAAGCGAGGCAGAAAGUUGAAAUCCAAACUGGAGAAGACAAAGCAGAAGGUAAAGAGCAUGGCCAGGGAGCUGUAUGACGACCACUUCAAAGCUGUGGAGAGCAUGCCCAGAGGAGUGGUGGUCACUCUGAGGAACAUCUCCACACAGCUGGAGUCUGCCUGGGAGUUGCACAUUAACCGACAGUGUCUAGAAGGGGAGAACACAUGGCGGGACCUGAUGAAAACGGCUCUGGAGAACCUGAUUGUAGUUUUGAAGGAUGAAAACACCAUUUCUCCAUAUGAAAUGUGCAGCAGUGGCCUGGUCCAGGCUUUGUUCACCGUCCUCAGCAAUAGUGUAGAACCUGACAUGAAGCCUGAUUGUAAGCCUUUAAUGGAACGGAUCAAUGUCUUUAAGGCGGCUUUCAGCGAGAAUGAAGACAACGAAAGCCGACCAGCUGUUGCCUUAAUCCGAAAACUGAUAGCAGUCCUGGAGUCAAUCGAGCGUCUACCUCUGCACCUGUAUGACACGCCAGGAUCUUCAUACAACCUGCAGAUCUUGACGAGGCGGCUGCGGUUCCGUCUGGAGCGAGCUCCGGGAGAGACGGCUCUGAUCGACCGGACAGGUCGCAUGCUGAAGAUGGAGCCACUCGCCACUGUGGAGUCUCUGGAGCAGUACCUGCUGAAGAUGGUGGCUAAACAGUGGUAUGACUUUGAGCGCUCAUCCUUUGUUUUUGUGAGGAAACUGAGAGAAGGGCAGACCUUCACCUUCAGGCACCAACACGACUUUGACGAGAACGGGAUCAUCUACUGGGUUGGAACCAACGCCAAGACGGCCUAUGAGUGGGUUAACCCUGCCGCUUACGGCCUGGUGGUGGUGACCUCUUCAGAGGGGCGUAACCUCCCUUAUGGACGGUUGGAGGACAUCCUAAGCCGGGAUAGCUCCGCCCUCAACUGCCACACCAACGAUGACAAGAAUGCUUGGUUCGCUGUUGACCUCGGCCUGUGGGUCAUUCCCUCAGCAUACACACUGAGGCAUGCCAGGGGCUAUGGUCGCUCUGCUCUGAGGAACUGGGUUUUUCAGGUAUCAAAGGAUGGUCAGAACUGGUCCACCCUGUACACCCACAUAGAUGAUGGCAGCCUCAACGAACCCGGUUCAACGGCCACAUGGCCUCUGGACCCAUCCAAAGAGGAGAAGCAGGGCUGGAGACACAUCCGGAUCAAACAGAUGGGAAAGAACGCCAGCGGUCAGACCCAUUACCUGUCUCUGUCUGGACUCGAGCUGUACGGCACCGUCACCGCCGUCUGUGAGGACCAGCUGGGUAAAGCUGUGAAAGAGGCCGAGGCGAACCUUCGCCGCCAGCGCCGCCUCUUCCGUUCCCAGGUCAUGAAGUACAUCGUCCCAGGCGCGCGAGUCGUUCGUGGGAUUGACUGGAAGUGGCGAGACCAGGAUGGAAACCCAGCAGGAGAGGGCACCGUCACCGGGGAGGCUCAUAAUGGCUGGAUUGAUGUAACCUGGGAUGCUGGCGGCUCUAACUCUUACCGUAUGGGCGCUGAAGGGAAGUUUGACCUCAAGCUUGCUCCAGGGUAUGACCCUGAGUCGGCUGCAACAGCGCCAUCACCCAAACCUGUCUCAUCCACUGUUUCAGGUCCCGCCUCCUGCACGGUGGGACCCUCUGUGACACCGGUGGCCAUCGGCGGAACCACCACUGCUUCAUCCUCCUCGUCUUCCACCUCAUCAUCUUCACAGCAGCCUUCUUGGAGUAGCCUGGUGAAAAAUAACUGUCCUGAUAAAGGUGGGGCCAGCUCCUCCAGCAGGAAGGGAAGCAGCAGCUCUGUCUGCAGCGUGGCUUCCUCCUCUGAUAUUAGUCUGAGCUCUGCGGCCGGACUGCCUGGUUUGGGGGGUCUGCAGCUGGAGAGGAAGGCCGAGGGACUGCUUCUUGACCAGGGUGUCGGGGUGGGAGGAGUGAUGGGUGUCGGGUUGGGCUCUGAAGGACAUCAGCAAGAGCCGAUCGUUGUGCUGUCUUCUGCAGCAGAAGGUGGAUCCGGUUCAGCAUCCAGCUCCGGCACGCUCACUGCUGACACGUCUGCAGCUGGAGAUGAGCAUCACCCAACAUCAGGGACGGCCACCACUGACCCUGCGACAGCCAUCUCCAUGGGACUUGUGAGCGUAAGCUCCCCCGACGUCAGCUCCGUGUCCGAGUCUUCCAGCAAGGACACGCACUCCCAGAGGCCUCUGUGCUCUGCAGCAAACACACGGCUGUCUGUCAGCUCCCUGCUGGCCGCCAGCGCUCCCAUGAGCUCCAGCGCCAGCGUUCCAAACCUGUCAUCCCGCGAGGCCAGCCUCAUGGAGUCAUUUGUCCGCCGCGCGCCCAACAUGUCGCGCACCAACGCCACCAACAACAUGAAUCUGAGUCGCAGCAGCAGCGACAACAACACAAACACAUUGGGCAGAAACGUCAUGAGUACCGCAACUUCUCCUCUCAUGGGCGCUCAGAGCUUUCCUAACCUCACCACCACUGGUACUACCUCCACCGUUACCAUGUCAACUUCCAUAGUAACCAGUGGCAAUAAUGUAGCCACGGCUACCACAGGCCUGUCAGUGGGCCAGUUGCUAAGCAACACCCUGACGACGAGCCUGACGUCCACAUCCAGUGAGAGUGACACAGGACAGGAGGCCGAGUUCUCUCUCUAUGACUUCCUGGACAGUUGCCGUGCCAACACACUGUUGGCUGAGCUGGAUGAUGAAGAAGACCUCCCAGAGCCUGAUGAUGAUGAUGAUGAAAAUGAAGAUGACAAUCAGGAGGAUCAGGAGUAUGAGGAGGUCCUGGAGGAGGAGGAGUACGAGACCAAAGGAGGACGCAGGAGGACGUGGGACGACGAUUUUGUCCUAAAGAGGCAGUUCUCUGCUCUGGUCCCUGCUUUCGACCCCCGACCAGGAAGAACCAACGUCCAGCAGACAACCGACUUGGAGAUCCCUACACCUGGAACGCCGCGAUCGGAGGUUCGGGAAGAAGUGGAGUGUGCUCCGUCUCCUCACCUCGUUCUCACUCUGAAGGUGGCUGGACUCGGAACCACCCGGGAGGUUGAGCUUCCACUGUCCAACUACAAGCUGACCAUCUUCUACUACGUGCAGCGGCUUCUGCAGCUCUCCUGCAGCGGAUCUGUAAAGACGGAUAAACUACGGCGGAUCUGGGAGCCCACGUACACGAUCAUGUACAGGGAGCUCAAAGACUCUGAUAAAGAGAAGGAGAGCAGCAAGACGGAGUUCCUCGAACAUGGCGUCGGGGGGCGAUCAGGAGGCCUGAGCCCGACCUCGGUGUCAGGUAAUCAGAGCAGUGAGAUCCUGGGUUGGGCGAGAGAGGCAGCGCAGGCCAAAGCCGGCUGCAGCCAGAAUGCAUGUGGGGUGGAGGACGUCCUGCAGCUGCUGCGCAUCCUGUACAUCAUCGGGAGAGACGCCGCCUCCAGUUCACGCACAUUACAGGAGGAUGUGGACGAGCUGCAGUUCAACGCACCACCGGAGGAGUUCACCAGCAAGAAGAUCACCACCAAGAUCUUGCAGCAGAUCGAGGAACCUCUGGCUCUCGCUAGCGGGGCGCUGCCCGACUGGUGUGAACAGCUCACCUCCAAGUGUCCUUUCCUUAUUCCCUUUGAGACCAGACAGCUGUACUUCACCUGCACUGCCUUUGGGGCCUCCAGGGCGAUCGUGUGGCUCCAGAACCGGCGUGAGGCGACUGUGGAGCGCUCGCGGCCGUCCACCACUGUCCGCCGGGACGAUCCCGGAGAGUUCAGGGUGGGCCGACUCAAACAUGAGAGGGUGAAGGUUCCCAGAGGAGACUCCAUGAUGGAAUGGGCGGAGUCAGUCAUGCAGAUCCACGCCGACAGGAAGUCAGUGCUGGAGGUGGAGUUUCAGGGUGAGGAGGGAACCGGCCUGGGUCCCACUCUGGAGUUUUACGCUCUGGUGGCUGCAGAGUUUCAGAGGACGUCUCUGGGUAUCUGGCUGUGUGACGACGACUUCCCCGAUGACGAGUCGCGACAGGUGGACCUUGGUGGUGGUCUGAAGCGUCCUGGCUACUACGUGCAGCGUUCUUGUGGACUGUUCCCGGCUCCGUUUCCUCAGGACAGCGAGGAGCUGGAAGGAAUCACCAAACUCUUCCACUUCCUGGGAGUAUUUUUGGCCAAGUGCAUCCAGGACAACCGCCUGGUGGACCUGCCUAUCUCUCAGCCCUUCUUCAAGCUGCUCUGCAUGGGGGACAUCAAAUCCAACAUGAGCAAGCUGCUGUACCAGUCUCGCAGCUCCCCGCAGGGCCACGUCCCAGAGCGAGCCCACCUGCAGCCCUUCCUGCUGCUGUCAGAGCUGCAGUCAGAGGCGUCCACUGAGGAGAGUCAGGAGACCUACUCGGUGGGAAGCUUCGAUGAGGACUCAAAGUCUGAGUUCAUCAUGGACCCACCCAAACCUAAACCGCCCGCUUGGUACCACGGCAUCCUGACCUGGGACGACUUCCAGCUGGUCAACCCUCACAGAGCAAGUUUCCUGAAGGAGGUGAAGGAUCUGGCCGUGAAGAGAAGACAGAUUUUAGCCAGCAAGAGUCUGUCUGAGGACGAGAAGAACACGCGACUGCAGGACCUGAUGCUGAGGAACCCCAUGGGCUCCGGACCUCCACUCAGCAUUGAGGACCUCGGGUUAAACUUCCAGUUCUGUCCAUCCUCCAAAGUUCAUGGAUUCUCUGCUGUGGAUCUCAAACCAAAUGGAGAUGAUGAGAUGGUGACCAUGGAGAAUGCAGAGGAAUACGUGGAGCUGAUGCUGGACUUCUGUAUGCACACUGGCAUCCAGAAACAGAUGGAGGCCUUCAAAGAGGGUUUCAAUCGUGUGUUUCCGAUGGAGAAGUUGAGCUCCUUCAGCCAUAAAGAGGUGCAGAUGAUCCUCUGUGGCAACCAGUCACCUUCCUGGACUGCUGAUGACAUCAUCAACUACACUGAACCAAAGCUCGGUUAUACAAGAGACAGCCCCGGCUUCCUGCGCUUUGUCAGAGUUUUAUGUGGGAUGUCUUCUGACGAGAGGAAGGCCUUCCUCCAGUUCACCACCGGCUGCUCCACGCUGCCUCCUGGUGGCCUUGCUAACCUCCACCCUCGCCUCACCAUCGUCAGGAAGGUGGACGCCACAGACUCCAGCUAUCCCUCCGUCAACACCUGUGUCCACUACCUGAAGCUGCCCGAGUAUUCGUCUGAGGACAUCAUGAGGGAGCGUUUGUUAGCCGCCACCAUGGAGAAGGGCUUCCACCUGAACUGACCUCCCACCGCCACACUGAGCAUGCUCCUCAGAUCCUUCUGUCCACAUGGCCGCAGCAGCCGGCCACGUGACGGACAGACAGACGGACUUCCUGCUGCUGGAGGAAGAGUUUAUGUUGCAGAAAUAAGAUGACAGGAAGUUUCUGUCCUCUCCUGGUUUACUCCUUCCCUCGCCUCCUCCCCGGUGACCAGCAGCAUCGUCCGAGCUGCCGUGGGUGUGUUUCCAGCUCCGACGCUGCAGGCUGGUUUGUGUGUGUGCUCCCAUGCUCAUCUCCUCCUCCUCCUCCUGUUCGCUCAGUUUUAGUGCCUGCUUUGACUCAUAGCCCCUGUUUUCAGUUCCUCCUCCUUCUCUUACUUUUCGCUUGUGUGUGUGUGCAGCAGUUUUUGGUUUCUGACCAGAUGAAAAGGUCAAAGUUCAGAGAGCAUCUGAUGAAGCUGUAGAGACAGAAACGCUGGUUGUGUGGCACAUCACAUGAUGAAAACAAAGAAGCUCUGCUCUCCCUGUAUUUUCUUUGUAUAUUAUAAACAUUUAUUUAACUGAAGUUGCAGUUUGAAGUAAACAAAUAUUUUCAAAUGUGUAUGCUCCAAAAAUAAUCAUUAAAAUGUUUGCAAACUAU